UUCAAUUUGAGUCGGGUCGGACAGGCGACCAUUUGCUCAAUUUCCAGCAGAGCAUUGGGCCGACAAUGAUAUCGAUUCUAGCCUAGUGCGCCAAGUGCCUGGUGCUGCGGUUAUUUGGUCAUCUCAAGUUGGGUUGCCAGGAAACCUACGGUACCUACACUAACUGCUACUACUGAGUGCAUCGUUUGCGAAAGGCAGUGGAUGUCAGCCGUCAUCUGGGUUCCACUUCCGGUCGCUCGCUCCCUCAAGACCAAAAGCAACCUCCGGUUAUCAACACCUUUCUUUCUUUGCUGCUCCCUGACUCCUCACUCUUUCUCCCCCCUUUACCUUCCUCUUCCCCUCCCUUCCUUCUUCUCAGUUCCUCAAGGUCUGGAGCUGUUCAAAAAUGCCUCUCGGAAUUCAUAACCCGCUACCUUCGUCUCUGUCAAGCGAAUGCAAAAAGGCUGGGAAAAUUCUUGCCUCUUUUGUUGACCCACGACAAGCUUUUGGACCUGAUAAGGUCAUUCCUCCUGAAAUUCUAGCGGGUGCUAAAGGUCUCGCCAUUCUCACGGUCCUGAAAGCCGGCUUUCUGGGCUCCGCUCGCUUCGGUUCGGGGGUCGUUGUCGCCCGUCUCGCAGAUGGCUCCUGGUCGGCUCCGUCAGCCAUCGCGACAGCAGGUGCCGGUUUCGGAGGACAGAUUGGGUUUGAGCUAACCGACUUUGUGUUCAUUCUGAAUGACGCCGCCGCUGUUCGCACGUUCUCGCAAGUGGGAACCUUGACGUUGGGUGGUAAUGUUUCUAUUGCUGCUGGACCGAUCGGGCGGAAUGCCGAGGCUGCAGGUGCUGCCAGUACGAAGGGCGUCGCGGCGGUGUUCUCAUACUCCAAGACCAAGGGACUGUUCGCUGGUGUGAGCUUGGAGGGCAGUAUGUUGGUGGAGCGCAAGGAUGCGAACGAGAAGAUGUACAACAGUCGAGUCUCGGCACGCCAGCUGCUGAGCGGAACCAUCCGGCCUCCCCCAGCCGCUGAUCCUCUUCUAAGUGUCCUGAGCUCCCGCGCUUUCUAUGGUAACUCUCGACAAGGGGAUACCAUGUAUAACGACAUCCCAGUUUACGAUGAUAGCCACGACGAGGUGGUGUGGGAGGGCCGACGAGGCGAUGCAUACGGCGAAGGUCUCCGACGUGAGCGCACUGGGUUGAACAGUAACGACGACUAUGAGUACCGGGAUCGUCCUCGGCGUGCGAACACUUGGGCCGAUGACAUCUAUGACCGACCUGCGGCAGGGUUGAACCGGUCAUCCACGACCCGUACCAGCAGCCGCCCGGAUGCCUACGAGACUUACAACCGCAGCCGUAGCAACACCGCCCCUAUUGAUGAAGAUUAUGUGUACUCCGACCGCAAACCCAGCCGUCCAACAGCUCCAAAGCCAAUCUUUGGACAAAGAACAGGGGCCGCUCCUACGCUCCGCCAGGACCAGGCCGUCGCACUGUACACUUUUGACGCCGAUCAGGAAGGGGACUUGGGCUUCAAGAAAGGUGAUAUCAUCACCAUUCUCAAGCGGACUGAGAAGGCCGAGGACUGGUGGACGGGGCGAAUUGGCGACCGAGUUGGAAUCUUUCCCAGUAAUUAUGUCGAGACUGCUUGAAACUAUGAUUCCCGUGCUUUAGCGUAUGCGAAAUGACAUUUUUAUGACAUCCAGACCCUCCUCUUCUCACUACUCUCUUGAAAAUUGUCCCACUUCCACCCUUCAGUUUUGCACCGGCGAUUAUUCUCUCUUUUGCUAUCAUGUCAACUCUCUGCAAACCCAGGGAGCCGCAGUCGGCAUUUUUGUAUCAGCACCGGAGUUCCCAUUGAGGUGGCCAGCGAGCGCAGGUUGAUUUGCACGGGCAAGAAUGAUCUAGGUAUUUUCAGUUGGUGUUUGUGUGUUUUCCACUGGCCUUUCCUUCCUAUACUCCGUUUGUGAUUAUGAUCAGCUGCUGCUUCCAGUUUAUACAUAAGAUGCCCCUUUGAAUAUGUAGCCCACAGGCUUCGAAGUGCUAGAAUAGCUUAUCUUUACCUGAAUACUGUUAGAAUUGAU